UCUGCUUAAUCAUAAGUGCUUAAGUAGUUUACAAUGGCUUCAAAAUGUACUCUUUCUCUGUUCACAAUCACUUUUCUCUUUGUCCUCCUUUCUCUCUUCUCCCAUGCAACGUCGUCAGAAACCCACAACAAAAACACGUCGCCAUUCGAGUUUCUCAACCAUCUUAAGGGGUGUCACAAGGGCGACAAGGUCCAAGGCAUCCAAGACCUAAAGAAGUACCUUGAAAAAUUUGGAUACUUAAACGGCCAUUCCGAUAAUGAUGAUUUCGACGACAUCUUGGAGUCAGCGAUCAAAACUUACCAGCUCAACUACCACCUCAAAGCCACCGGAACAUUAGAUGACAAAACCGUAUCAAAAAUGAUGAUGCCGCGAUGCGGUGUGCCAGACAUCAUCAAUGGCACCACCUCCAUGCGAUCGGGAAAGAAAAGACACCCUCACCACCACAGCGGACAUGGUUCGCCUCACACGGUUGCUCAUUAUUCUUUCUUCCCCGGAAACCCUAAAUGGCCUUCUUCUAAGUACCAUCUCACCUAUGCUUUUGAUCAAAGCACCCCAACUGAUGCCCGGGACGCAGUUGCGCGCGCUUUUGCAACAUGGGCAGGCAACACACACUUCUCGUUCAGUCAAUCCCAAACCUAUGAGAACGCGGAUCUGACAAUAAGUUUUGCUAGUGGUGAUCAUGGAGAUGGGAGCCCAUUUGAAGGCCGAGGCGGGACCCUUGCUCAUGCAUUUGCACCGACCAAUGGGAGAUUCCACUACGAUGCCGAUGAGCCGUGGGCUGUGGGAGCUGUGGAGGGUGCUUAUGACUUGGAGACUGUGGCAUUGCAUGAAAUCGGACAUCUGUUGGGGCUACGACAUAGCUCUGUUGAAGGAGCUGUGAUGUCCUCCACCGUUCGUACUGGAUUUGCUCAAAGUUUGCAUGCAGAUGAUAUUCAAGGAAUUAAAGCUUUAUAUAAUACUUGAUCUUCACAUGCAUAUUCACAUAAUCAAGAGUACUCAAAGAUUAAUCAUUAAAUUAAGUAGUAUUUAUUAUUGAAGUUCACCCUGUUUUUUCAUCCCUUAA